GCGCGCCCCGCCCCCGGGCUAUGAAAGGCGCCCCGCGUGUGGUCCUGACACCCCAAGGCGCCCGUGUCCCUCGCGCAGGCGGGCGGUCCCGGAGACGGUGCCCGCAAAGGCGGCGACGGCGGUGCGCCCACUCAUCAUGAACACAAGCUUUUCCCGAAAGAGUCACACGUUCCUGCCCAAGAUCUUCAAAAAAAUGUCAUCCUCGGGAGCCAAGGACAAGCCCGAGCUGCAGUUCCCCUUCCUCCAGGAUGAGGACACGGUGGCCACGCUGCAUGAGUGCAAGACGCUGUUCAUCCUGCGGGGCCUGCCAGGCAGCGGCAAGUCCACGCUGGCUCGGCACAUCGUGGAUAAAUACCACAACGGCACCAAGAUGGUAUCUGCCGACGCUUACAAGAUCAACCCGGGCUCUCGAGCAGACUUCUCCGAGGAGUACAAGCGGCUGGACGAGGACCUGGCCGCCUACUGCCGCCGGGACAUCAGGGUUCUGGUGCUUGAUGACACCAACCACGAGCGGGAGCGACUGGAUCAGCUCUUUGAAAUGGCCGAUCAGUACCAGUACCAGGUGGUGCUGGUGGAGCCCAAGACAACAUGGCGACUAGACUGUGCCCAGCUCAAGGAGAAGAACCAGUGGCAGCUGUCAGCCGAGGACCUGAAGAAGCUGAAGCCCGGCUUGGAGAAGGACUUCCUGCCGCUCUACUUUGGCUGGUUCCUGACCAAAAAGAGUUCUGAGACCCUCCGCAAAGCCGGCCAGGUCUUUCUGGAAGAGCUGGGGAAUCACAAGGCUUUCAAGAAGGAGCUUCGACACUUUAUUUCUGGGGAUGAACCCAAGGAGAAGCUUGAGCUGGUCAGCUACUUUGGGAAGAGACCCCCAGGCGUUCUGCACUGUACAACCAAAUUCUGUGACUACGGGAAGGCCACCGGGGCAGAAGAAUAUGCCCAGCAGGAUGUGGUGAAGAGAUCUUACAGCAAGGCCUUCAAACUGUCCAUCUCGGCCCUUUUUGUGACACCCAAGACGGCCGGGGCCCAGGUGGUGCUGAAUGAGCAGCAGCUGCUGUUGUGGCCGAGCGACGUGGACAAGCCGUCUUCCUCCGAGAGCCUGCCCCCAGGGAGCCGAGCUCACAUCACCCUGGGCUGUGCCGCCGAUGUGCAGCCCGUGCAGACAGGCCUUGACCUCUUAGAGAUCUUGCAGCAGGAGAAGGGGGGCAGCCGAGGUGAGGAGGUGGGUGAGCUCCCCCGGGGCAAGCUCUUUUCCCUGGGCAAAGGGCGCUGGAUGCUGAGCUUGACCAAGAAGAUGGAGGUCAAGGCCAUCUUCACGGGGUACUAUGGGAAGGGCAAACCUGUGCCCAUACAUGGCAGCCGGAAGGGGGGUGCCAUGCAGAUUUGCACCAUCAUCUGAGGGUUCACGCCACUCUACCCCUUCUGCUCUUUAGAAGGCAGAGGGGUGGACAGGGCAACAUGCCUUCCAUUUGAUUUUUAAGAUUUUUUUUUUUUACUCGAAGCUAACUUACCUGUAACUUUUUAAGAGUCUGUAAAGUAACUGCCAGCCCCUUCCUGCCCACCCUCUUCCCCUUAACACUGGAGCUCUCAACACAGGCGGGUGGGGAGAGGAAGACACCAUUCAGGAACCUGGACCAGUGGUGAUAAAAGACUGGGCUAUUGGGCCUGGAGCCACAUCUGCCCCACAUCCAGGAGCUGGUUAACUCUCCCUUGACCCCUGCCUGAUGCCCAUCUAGAGCUGGGCACACCUCAGAGCUGCACACAUCAUGCUAAGGACAGUGCUACGCCACAGGAAAACAGUGGUAGCUUUGAGAGGGGUCAGAUCCCUGGGUACCAGUCUUAUUUUUUAAUCACUAUAGUGCCUAAGAAGGCCUGGGCUACUUCCUGGUGUGUAAAGGGGUUUACCUCCCACCUUUGGUCAUUCCUAAGUCCCUGCCACCUCCUUCACACUGUGACUAGGUGAAGAGUGUGAUCACUAGGGGAGAAGUGGAAUCACCAGAAGCACAUCUCUGGCCUCCCACUGGCCACCCACCCUUCACAGUAGCGUGCCACUGCUGUGUGGACGGGCACUGAGGACAGAUAGACAUGGCCUGAGAAGCUCCAGCUUUGCUCUCUGCCCAGCCCAUCCUGCCUCCAUGGUGCCUCUAGGGCCUCCUCGAAAGGAGGGUGGUGGGUACCAAGAGCCAAUGGAGGGGGCCCUGAGCUGGCCAGAGUGCGCCCCAUCUUCUGCUCUGGGGAAGUUGAACAAGAUCACGUGUGUGGUUCCUGGAACACCUCACUCUGCCUUUGCUCAGUAACAGGACCCUGCUAAUUGGGUUGUCACCCAAGAAUCUGGGAUUUAUGUUCCUACCCUGGUUUUGCCCACCUCAGCAACUUCUAAGACUGAUACUGAAAUAAAUCAUGUUAAUCCUA